CAUACACGAAAUAUUAUUUAGUCGGUGGUAAUCUCACAAAUCAAGACUUCUUCUCUACCCCUUCAAGAAAAAGAGGCUUUCAAAGCCUUGAAGAUAAAUAACCCUAUAACAGGCAACCAUCCCUUUCCUACCUAAUGGGCGUUUGCGGUGCAACCAAUCAGAAGCAUCUUGAAAGACCAUGGCUGCAAUGUCCUACUACAUAGUACGCACAUAAAUAGGUAGCAUUCAUUCCCGACCACAGACCAUAAUUUCAUAUCCACGGUAUCGCACAAAAUUCAUCCACUAGGUCACAUUCUGUUCAACAAUCAACCAGCCAAUAUGUACCGACAAUCUCGGGAACUGGAGGCUCGUCGUCGUAGACUAGCCGCUGAGGCUGGACGUCAGCGGGCGGCAGCAGCCCGCCCUCUUCAAAUCAUCACGACUGAGUCCGAGCCCUUGGCGGAAGUGGACGUGACAGGAUUGGGUCGUCUAGCCAAUUUGCCCAAUGAGAUCAUUAUGGUAGUCUUUAACAACUGCAGCCUAUACUCUCUCUUACGACUUGAGCGUGUAAACAAGGCUGCUAAAACGUUCGUGAACCUCUUACAAGAUAUCGAGUACAUCAAAGCGACUGCGAAGGGUAUCAUUCAACGUGCGGUGCCACAUUACCGCAACUUCAUGAUUACCAUCUUGAAGAUUACAACGUAUCAUGGAUUACGAUACCUUUUAACUACCUUUACCUGCGAGCUUUGCGGCAAGCCGGGAUCGUUUCGUAUGAUCAAAGUCAAGGUCCUCUGUGAGGAUUGUCACAGUCCGAGGAAGCAAUAGAAAAACCGAAGGUGACCGCAUACCAAUUAGAGACGGUUCGUCAGAGCACAGGAUACUAUGAUUGCUUUCUUUUCUAGAAAGACUAAUAUUAAAUCGCCAGUUUCGAUAACCUAGAAGCGAAAGCGAUUAUAUCAAGGGUUAUGUACAAGCGUGCGGCAUUGAUUUCUUAUACUACCUACAACCUAUUAGCAAGACCAGCAAACAAAAAGAACACCCCAACGCCAAGAUGAUGCGUUGGAAAUCAUGCUCAUGAGAUAUGAAAUAGGAGUUGGCAACAUCGCGGGCUUUCUUUAUCGUUACUACUGAACGAUGCUAUCUGUCUAUAUCUUGAUAGCGGUCUCAUUUCCAAUGUUAAAGUGAAUGAUAGGUACCUCUCAUACGAGAUAGCCGUAUGUAAAAUACAGUAUGGCUCAUGACCUUAUAA